AUGGAGAAGCCCAUCGGUCUUUUUGUUGUCACAUUUCUCUCCUUCUUGUUAAAUCAAUCAAUGGCCAUUGUGGGCAGGUACAAUGUUCUGGAAUUGGGAGCAAAGGCUGACGGGAAUACAGAUUCAACCGAGUCUCUGUUGAGUGCAUGGGCAGCAGCUUGUGGCUCUUCCAAACCAUCCACAAUUCUUGUACCAAAAGGGAGGUUUUUAGUCAAGCGAGUACAAUUCUCUGGACCAUGCAAGAAUAAAGCCAUAAACUUUCGAAUUCGGGGUACCCUUGUGGCUCCUUCAGAUCAUGAAGUUCUUGGAAAUGCCGGUUACUGGCUUCACUUUCAGAAUGUUGAUGGAGUCACCAUUCAUGGUGGCAUUCUGGAUGCUCGAGGUGCUGGUCUCUGGGCUUGCAAAGCAGCCGGGAAUGGGUGUUCUAGCGGCGGCGCGACGACGCUAGGAUUCACCAACUCAAACAACAUUGCCAUUACCAGGCUCACUUCUCUCAACAGCCAAAUGUAUCACCUGGUAUUCAUCGGUUGCAAUCAAGUCAAGUUGCAAAAGAUUAAAGUUUUGGCAGCCGGAAACAGCCCCAACACGGAUGGAAUACACGUCCAGUUUUCAUCUGGGGUGGCAAUUUUGAGCUCUAGGAUCAGCACAGGAGAUGAUUGUGUCUCAAUUGGCCCUGGCACCACUAAUUUGUGGAUUGAGAAUGUUUUUUGCGGCCCCGGCCACGGCAUUAGCAUUGGGAGUCUAGCAAAAGAUUUUGAAGAAGAGGGAGUACAGAAUGUGACAGUAAAAAGAGUUAAAUUCAGGAAUACACAAAAUGGUGUAAGAAUUAAGUCAUGGGGUAGGCCAAGCAAAGGAUUCGUGAAGGAUGUCCUAUUCCAGCAUGUCACUAUGAUCAAUGUCCAAAACCCCAUUGUUAUCGACCAAAAUUAUUGCCCAAGUCACAUAAAUUGUCCUGGCCAGGUUUCGGGCGUAAAAAUAAAUGAUGUAACAUAUCGCGACAUCCAUGGAACAUCAGCAACAGAAGUUGCAGUUAAAUUUGAUUGUAGCAAGAAGUAUCCAUGCAGCGGAAUAAGAUUGGAAAAUGUGAAGUUGACAUACAAAAAUCAGAAAGCUAAAUCAUCUUGUGCCAAUGCUGCUGGAACUGCACUUGGUUUGCUUGAGCCUGCAAGCUGUUUGUAG